AUGGCCCCUUUGGGCCCUGCCGGCGCCCACCCUACCUCAGCUGAGCCGCUGUCCCGCAGCAUCUUCCGGAAGUUUUUGCUGAUGCUCUGCUCCCUGCUCACAUCCCUUUACGUCUUCUACUGCCUGGCCGAGCGCUGCCAGACACUGUCGGGCCCCGUCGUGGGGCUGUGGGAAGGCAACGAGGAGGCAGGAGCCCCAGGUCGCGGUGUCCUGGCUAGCGGCCCGAGAGAGCUGGCGGUUUUGCCAGCGGUGGCGCGGAGAAAGAGCCUCCUACAGCUGCAGCAGUGGCGGAGGCGCCUGCCGCCCGCUCUGCGCUACGACGCCCAGGAGGCGGCGGCCUGGGAAGAGGAGCCCCUUGGCCUGGCAGGGGGUCCUGGUGGCUCCGGGGCCGGGAGUAGCGUGGCCGAGGCUCCACCAGGAACCCUGGACCUGCUGCUGGACGAAGGCAGCAAGCAGCUGCCGCAGGCCAUCAUCAUUGGCGUGAAGAAGGGAGGCACGCGGGCACUGCUAGAGUUCCUGCGCGUGCACCCCGAUGUGCGUGCUGUGGGCGCCGAACCCCAUUUCUUUGACCGCAGCUACGACAAGGGACUUGCCUGGUACCGGGACCUGAUGCCAAGAACCCUGGACGGGCAGAUCACUAUGGAGAAGACACCCAGUUACUUUGUCACGCGGGAGGCGCCGGCACGGAUCUCCGCAAUGUCCAAGAACACCAAGCUCAUCGUGGUGGUGCGUGAUCCUGUGACCAGAGCCAUCUCAGACUACACUCAGACGCUCUCCAAGCGGCCUGACAUCCCCACCUUCGAAAGCCUGACGUUCAGAAACCAGACGACUGGCCUCAUCGACACGUCGUGGAGCGCCAUCCAGAUCGGCCUCUAUGCCAAGCACCUGGAGCACUGGCUGCUGCACUUUCCCCUGCGCCAGAUGCUCUUCGUGAGUGGGGAGCGGCUUAUCCGAGACCCCGCAGGCGAACUGGGGCGCGUGCAGGACUUCCUGGGCCUGAAGAGGAUCAUCACUGACAAGCACUUCUACUUCAACAAGACCAAGGGCUUCCCCUGCCUCAAGAAGGCCGAGGGCAGCAGCAAACCCCACUGCCUGGGCAAGACCAAGGGCAGGACCCACCCUGAGAUCGACCAAGAGGUGGUGCAGAGACUGCGGGACUUCUACAGGCCCUUCAACCUCAAGUUCUACCAGAUGACUGGGCACGACUUUGGCUGGGAUGGAUAA